CCUACCCUAACAUCGUCGAUUUCUCCUUUACUCUUAGUCUGUAACAAUGGCGGACGCUUCAAACAAGAUUUCUUCUCGUUCAUCAACUUUACCCUUCAAAUCGAAGAAAAAUUUGGGCUCCAACUCCUCAUCAUUGCUCAAGGAUCCGCAAUCUUUAAGCUCCAGGACGCCGGAGAAGCCGGUGGAGCGAAAUAGGAAACGGAAGGUUGCGCUUUCCAUUAAAGAGGUUAAACAAGCUGCUCAGAGCGUCCAUGAAUCUAAUCGUCAGUUGCAUCAUGAUCUGACCACUAGAGGGAGUAAAUUAGUUAGAAGACAGAUGGAUUCGUGGUCGAAUGAAAGUCAAUCUAGUAGAUCCAAGACUUGUGUUGAUAAUAAGUCCAAUAAAUUGCCUGAAAAAUUUGAGCUGCUGUGUAAGUUCUUUGAUUGCUUGGAUUCUGCAAUGCGGUUGUUACGAUUUAAAGGUGUAGCCUCCAACUUCUCUAGCGUUUGCACUAAGAUUGAAGUCCUCACUGAUAGGAGGUUUUCAUACAGUCAUUUGGCUCAAUUGAAGUUUAUUUUACCUGAAGCAAUUAUGCUUAAGAAAGUUGUGGUCUUUGAUGAGCGUACCAGCUGUAUGAAGCCAGAUCUUCAUAUAUCUUUCAAUUUUGGUGUCCUAGAGAGUAAGGAGGACCAGUAUAUGCAGUUGAGGAAGUUGUUUAGGACACGUCUUUCAGAAUUUGUGAGUUCCCAUCCAGAGAUUGACGAUAUUCCAAAGGAUUCUCUGCCAAAUCCAUUCAAUUUCAGAAGCCUAAAUCUUUUCCCGGAAACCAACUCGUUAUCCUCUGUCAAGACAUCAAUUGAGCAACUAGCACCUGAGCAACCAUUGCCAUCAGCAGAAGACAUUCCCUCUAAUCAUCAUUCAGAGAACAAUCAAGGUUUUCGGAUAAUUAAAUCUACCAUGACUGGUCAUGGCCCAAAUAAACAGAAGGAAUUAUUUGGGUUAUCUCAUUUUUCACCAGUUAGCCGGCUUUUCUCUCAAAAAGCUGUAAAUAUCGACGUGCAAACUUUUGAUGCGUCUUCAACUAAACCUUCCUCCCCAAUUAAACUAUCUUCCAACUCAACCUCUAACUUACAUUGUCUUGAAAAUUAUGCUUCUCCAAUUUGCUCUUUGUCAUUGCCAAAUCCCACAACUCCCAGUAAUAUGGUAGGAAUAGUAACCAUGAGAAAAGAAGAUGGUCAAUCUGCCAAAGUUAAUGAUAUAGAUUCAACUCCUGUAAAGUUUGUUUCAACCUCGGAUCAGCUGAUGGCUAGCACACCUGCAAUGGCUCCACCAAAACGAAGUUCCAUGACUCCGGAUGACGAUUUUUCCUACUCGACAAACAAAUUAGUGAGACGUCCACCUCGUUCAAGAUCACUUGUAUUUGACACUCCCACAAAGGAAGAUAAAAACAAAGAUGAGAUAGAUGUUUCACUCGACAAUGACAUUCUAGAUGUUCUAUCUGAGAGCCUUGUGCAAUCGAUUAGAGAGAAAGAAAGAAAGAUCAAAGAAGAGCAAAUGCCAGCAAUAACACAAGCUAAGAGGCGACAGAAACUGAUCGCUAACCUGCCAAAACUCUUCAAUGCUAUCUUCUUCUUGUACCACAAGCGUACAGUUGUUAAAAGGGAGGAGCUAUUAAACAAAAUAAUCACUGGAAGUGUUGAUAUCCUUGACAGGAGAGAAGUUGAAGAGCAGCUAGAUUUGUUGUUUGAACUCGUACCCGACUGGAUUUCUCAGAAAUUGGCAUCCAAUGGUGGUGAUGUACUAGUUUGCAUCAAUAAAUUGUCAAAUGUUGAAUCGGUUAGUGUUCGGCUCAAAGAAGCUAAGUGAAGGAGUCGAGAAGUUUAUCAACUUUUUUGUCUUAGUAGACACAAUUGAAACGACGAAGCUCAUUGCCUCUCUAAAUUGUAUAAUCCAUGAUGUAAUUAUAACAAAAACGAAAAUAUCUAACCGAAUCUGCAGUUUUUUUUUGAUUGAUCUCUUGCUCUUUGAUAAAUCCUAUUUGUUAACUUAUUGUAAUUUUGUAAGGUAGAUGAUAGAUAACAACAAGAAUUUCUUCCGAAGUGUCACAACUUUACUACCUUUUUCAAAUGAUAACAGAUUUCAAUUGGUUGUAA